GGAUUAUGAAUUAGGCAGUGGCAGUGGAGAUCACAAUAUGAAUGAUGCUAAUACCUUCACAUACUCUUGUGAAGAAAGAUGCUUUGAUGUCCAACUCAUGGCCAGUUUUUCACUUGGUCCUAUUACUGCAGGAAGGCAAUACUACUGCUUUGUGAAUGCAUACAAUCUAGUAGGAGGUGCUACUUUAAGACAGAACCUUGUCCCAGUAAUAGGUAAACCUUCCAGGCCAGUGGUAGCAGUGUCAACUAGCCCAGGACUAAUCAGUGCUUCUUUACUGUGCCAGUAUGCAGGAAUACUAGCAGGAAGCAGCCUCUCGUUUAACAUGACAGUGGAGACAGACCAAGGAAGUGAACUGUACACUCAGACCUACGAAUACACAGACUACACUAACAAUACCAACAGAAGUGUCUCUAUUCCAGUGAAUGGUGGAAUGAUGUAUUAUGUAGAAGUAUUUGCUAUUAAUGAGCAUGGAUACUCAGAAUUGACGAGGCUGGGACCAUUCAAUGUAACAAUGAAUGUUACUGAAGCACCUACAGAAGAAGAAUCUACUCGUUUGCUGAUAAUAAUAAUUGGUGCAUCAGUUGGAGGUCUAAUAGUAGCAGUGGUCUUUAUAUCCAUCAUCAUUUGUAUUUGUGGAUGCUGCUGCAAGAGGAGGAAAUCAAGGACUGUACAGUUUCAAACGAGUUCAGCACAGACAUGGAGGAGAGGUGAUUCUCGAGUUAUGGAAAUGAGUCAGAGAUACCGUCACUGAACAAUAUCCCAUAGAACAAACCAUGAACCUUAUUUUUACACGCUAAAACACAAAAAUAGUUAAAAA